AUGGCUGUUAACAGUGCCACGUCCUUCGUUUUAUCCAGCAUCCUUACUCUUCUGAUAUUUUCUGGGAUGCAAAUGUAUAAACCACUGUUAACUAAAUCGCCGCUUACAAUUAUAUUUGGAGGCUACCUAGGGUCUUUGAUGUUUAUGUUUAUUGUGACAGCUGUUGGAAACUUGGAAUCAUCACUAUUUGGUAAGAAUUUUCAGGUAAAACUACCAGAAAUUGUAUUUUCUAUGACCCUUUCACUUAUUGCUGCCGGCAUGGUGCACAGAAUUUGUUUUACUACUUGUUUGAUAUUUUCUCUGUUAACAAUCUACUACAUGAACAAGAUCUCACAAAAGACUUAUAUUGCUGCAGUUCCAGCUAAUGCCCCCGUAAAAUCUCGCAGACAUAAA